AUGCAACCGGAGCCGGAGUUGGGCUACAUCUAUGACAACUCCAUACCAUCUGCUGACACAGCGCGGUGCUUCUCUUGCAUGUCACGGCUCUACGAAGCCAUUUGGCCGGUGUUGUCGAAUAUUUAUAAGAAACCUCGAAAUUUCACGGACGAGUGUGACGAAGAAUCGUUGGACCCGUCCAGAGUGCCUGUCGUCAACUGUCCAACAAUUUGUGUCUCGAUGGUCGAAGAGCCAAACAUUGGAGGCAUUCGAGUGAAAGGCUACAUCCGCGGCUGCAUGAACGAUGUGUUGAUUGGUGGCUUUAACCAGACGAUUGUUGGCUGGUAUCGUUGGAUGCAUCGGGAUUCCUGUAAAGCUUACCGGAAAAAGGAACUUUUUAUGCUGCCCGGCGGAAUUGGAGAUGAUUCUCAGAUCGAAGUGUGCACCUGCUAUGCUGAUCACUGUAAUGGCAGUGGUUCCGGAUCCGAACGCCCCCGAAAUCUGGCCAUUAUCAUAGCUCUUAUUCUAAUGCUAAGGUGGACG